AAAGAAAAAGGAAAAGUCAUAGCAUAGCGUGGCAUCACGAUUGACAGUGACCAUCAAUGCAUUCUUCACCAUGAUUCAAGAAGAUACCUUUCCUUUGCUUGUCAUCUGCAAGCUAUCUGUUCUGUUUGUUUUGCCAAUUAUUUUAUAGCUUGAAGUACUUUAUAGGGUACCCUCUAUUUAAUUCAAAAAAAAAAAUCAAGAAUUUUCCAUUUCCUUUGAUGGAGGAUCAAGAAGAACAGCAAGAUAACACGAGUGAUCAAAACCACAAACCCCAAGACCUGCCGCAAGUCCUCCUCCUAAAACCACCACCAGUCCUGUCCGUUAUUGGAGAACAAUCUUUUUUAUCAAAAAAAUAUCAAUUAUUGAAAGCAUGGGAAUCCCCUCUCCCUUUACUUCAGUUUCUUAUCGCACAUGCUGACUCUAUCCAAGCCAUUCUCUGCUCGGGUUCCGCUCCAGUCACAGAUGAUUUACUCCAGCUGCUUCCCUCCGUGCGUCUUGUCGUCACUGCCAGCGCUGGUACUAAUCACAUUGAUUUGGAGGCAUGCCACCGUCGUGGAAUCUCUGUAACCAACGCGGGCAAUGUGUUUUCUGACGAUGGCGCGGAUGCGGCAGUGGGGUUGUUGAUUGAUGUGCUAAGAAAGAUUACAGCUUCUGAUCGGUAUGUGAGGCAGGGGCUUUGGGUCAAUAAAGGAGACUACCCUCUGGGUUCUAAGUUGAGAGGCAAGCGAGUGGGUAUUGUCGGAUUGGGAGGCAUUGGCUUGGAAAUUGCUAAAAGGCUAGAGGCUUUUGGCUGCAAUGUUUUAUAUAAUUCAAGAAAGAAAAAGGCACAUCUUUCGUAUCCAUUCUAUGCCGAUGUCCGCCAGCUCGCAGCUAAUAGUGAUGCCCUCAUCAUUUGUUGCGCAUUGACGGACCAAACCCGCCACAUGAUCGAUAAGGAUGUCUUUUCAGCAUUGGGGAAGGAAGGUGUCAUCGUUAACAUUGGACGUGGGGCUAUUGUUGACGAGAAGGAAAUGGUGCGGUGUUUGGUGCAUCGAGAGAUUGCAGGUGCUGGGCUAGAUGUGUUCGAGAACGAGCCUGAUGUUCCAAAAGAGCUCUUUGAAUUGGAUAAUGUUGUUCUAUCCCCUCAUAGAGCUGUCUUUACCCCAGAAUCUUUCAUGGCCCUGUGUGAACUUGUGGUAGGCAAUCUGGAAGCUUUUUUUUCCAACACACCCUUACUUUCACCUGUCAUUGAUGUAUGAUUAAUGCACAUUAUCGGCUUAGCUUUAGCUUCUACAAUCUUAAUAUAAUAGGAGUCCAAAGAGGCCUGUAAUUCUAGUAACAUCAUCAAACCAGUCCUAAAUUGAGAAUGAAUCAUCAUCGUCAAGAAAAUAAUCAUCAAACCUACUCCCAAAAGUCCUAGUCCUUCAACCACGGCUAUUCUUCAAAUUUCUUGACAGCAUGGGACUCACCACUUCCUUUAUACUAUUUCUUGAGCUCUCAGUCCAAGCUAUUCUCUCUCAUGAAGCCUGUCCAGUCAACACCAACAUUAUAAGGCUGUUGCUGUCACUGAGCCUUAUUGUCACCACAAGGGCUGGAUUCAACCAAAUCGACUUGCAAGAGUGUCGUAGGAGAGGGAUAUCUGUAGCUUAUGCUGGAAGCCUGUUUUCUGAAGAUAAUGCUGAUAUAGCAGUGGGGCUGUUGAUUGAUGUGCCGAGAAAGAUAUUGACUGGUAAUCGGUCUGUACCACAAGGGUUGUGGGAUAACAAAGGAUCUUUUCCUCUAUGCUCUAAGGGAAGGAUUUGAACUAUGUAUUAAUAUCCUGUUUCUAUGUAUUAAUCCAUAUAACAACCGGAUUAUUGAUAUCCUGUUUCUAUGUAUUAAUCUAAAUAUCAACUGGAUUAUCGAUAUCCUGUUUCCAUG